UACAACUCCAGGAUUGCUGAAUAUGGAUGUAGCGAAUCAACUGUUGGGUCCUCCUCUCAAUGGAUCUGCAUCUGAACAGGAAAAAGAACCAGAUUAUACAACUCCAGGAUUGCUGAAUAUGGAUGUAGCGAAUCAACUGUUGGGUCCUCCUCUCAAUGGAUCUGCAUCUGAACAGGAAAAAGAACCAGCCCGUGUCAAGUCAAUCAGGCAGAGAUUUUUGCCAGCUUACUGUAAAGCUAAAAAGGCAAUAAUUGGAAUUGUCAUUUCUCUCCUCAUCUUUGGCUCUGCUCUCUUUUUCCUGGGAACAUUAGUGCCAUUAAGGCACCAACAGGAUGUCAUUAAAUGUCCACCUGACUGGAUUGGACAUCAGGGACACUGCUACAAAUUUUCAGUAGAGGAAAAGAACUGGAAGGAGAGCCAGAAGUUCUGUAUUUUACAUAAUGCUUUCCUGGCCAAAAUUACAAAGGAGGAAAUGGCUAUUGUGAGGAUGUUCACAAGAGACCAUGUCUUUUGGAUCGGCCUCAAGAGAGAACCCGAUCAGCCCUGGAAGUGGCUAGAUGGAGAAAAUUCAACGUUGGAAGUCAUGGGAAAUGGAGGAGACUGUGCGUAUUUGGAUGAUGAUGAUGUCACCGCCAGCUCAGGGAGAUGCACCACUGAACACCACUACAUCUGCAAAAAAAAUUGAUCCAAAGACUUUCUGUACGAGAAUCCUAUGUUCCCAGUGGUGGGAUUCUGCCAGUUCUAGGGGGUUCAGACGAACUCUUUGUUAAAUUGCUGGCUCACCCCGCCCCUUGCCCCGCCCCUCCGCACCACUAUUUAUUGCCAAUAAAUAGUGGUGGACGAGGGGCGGGCGAGCCAGCAAUUUAACAAACGGUUCAGUGUUUUUUUGUAAUUUUAUUGGCCCGCAGAGCUUCAGCAUAGGCUAAUUAGCCCCUUGAUUCUAUCGGCCUCCCGACUCUCAGCUGAUUUGCUCUCAGCUGUUUUGCUCAGGGCUCUGCUGCUUGCUUGCAAAGAGUGCAGAUUUCCCCCCCCUAGCUAUGCUGAAAAACAAAACUGAAAGUAAAAGCCUGCUUUACUGUUACUGCAACGUUGGAAAAUUAGGCAGGCAGAUUUCUUUUCUUUUUCCUCACCAAAAAAGGUAGGUGCAAACUACCUUUAGUGGAAAGGUACUUUUCCCUAAAGUGGUAGUUCAUCUUUAGGGAAAAAGAGGAGAGUUCAAGAUUUUAAAACACAAAAGAAAAAAAGCUGUAUUUAAAUAGGGAAUUGUAAUAAUUGAGAUACUAUUAAUUGUAUAUUGUGUUGAAAGCAGAAAUGGUUAAAUUGUGGUUUGGAGGAAUAUAUGGGGGAAAUUAUUUGGUUUAUUAUUAUUGGUAAAUAUAAUUAAUUGAUUUGUAAGAAAUUGGAUUGCAUGGAAAUAAUUGGAAUAUUCAUGUUCAUAUUGAUUAAUAUACAAAAAAGAUAGUUAUAUUUUCAUUUUCAUUUUCAUUUUAUUAAAUUUGUAUACCACCCUACUCCCGAAGGACUCAGGGCGGUGAACAGCCACAAAAUAAAACAUAUAAAUACAAAAUUUAAAAUAGAGAUAAAACAAAUUAAAUAAAUUUGGCUGAACCAUUUUAAAACCCCAAUAAUUUAAAACCAAAUUUAAAAUUCCCAUUUAAAAGAGGAAAAGUUUAGGUCAGGCCAUCUUGCUGGAAUAGGAAUGUCUUAAGCGUGCGACGGAAGGUACGCAGAUUCGGAAUCCUCCGUAUCUCAGGGGGGAGCUCGUUCCAGAUCGUCGGUGCCCCCACAGAGAAGGCUCUCCCCCUGGGGGCUGCCAGUCGACAUUGUUUGGCCGACGGGACCCGGAGGAGCCCCUCUCUAUGGGAGCGUACUGGUCGGUGGGAGGCUAUUGGUGGUAGCAGGCGGUCCG